AUGCCCGGCAGCUUGGCACCUGAUCACAACUUCACUGCCUUUCAGCCAAGUAUGGCACCGUACCACGCUGGUAUUCAUAAUCUUUACCAUGAAACUUCUCCCACUUUGGGGACAAACCCCACUCCUACUCAGGUUUCUGCCUCUACUGCUAGGGUUUCUGAUUUUUCCGAACCGCCUACUUUCAAUUCCUCAAGCCAAAUGAUGUUAAGCUCCAUGUUGGCAGCCUCAGCCGGAGGUAUAAACACGGAGGUUCCCAACUUCGGGGGAGGCGACCCAGCAGAGUUUCGUUGUUUUGAGGCCAUGAUAGAUGGCUGCAUCAAGCCCUUAGUCCACCUCAGCGAGCUACAAAAAUACUUCAUCGUCAGGUCUAAGUUAAGUGGUCAACCCAAGAAGGAUGUCCUCGGGCUUGAGCAUGAUGGUAGCCCCUUCACUAAGGCAAUGUCCACCCUCAAGAAGCUUUAUGGUGAUGUUGGUGUCCUAAUACGUGCCAAGAUUGACCAGAUUACGUCGUGGCCGAGACUGACAGCCAGUGACUCCAAGGGGAUGGUAGAGUUUGCAGCAGCGGUGUCAGCGUUGGUCAAGCAACUCAAGAGUGCACCGGAAGGCCAGGCGGAACUGAAUGCCAACUCUACAGCUUGCAUCCUGUACAGUCGCCUGUCACAUACCCAUCAGACGGCCUUUUUGAAGGCUAUGAAGGCCAGAAAUGUCAACAACUUUUCUCUGCUUGACAUCGACAUGUGGCUGCAAGACACGGCGGCCAUAGCCAGAAAGAAGGUGCAGCUCAGCGAGAGUAUUAAGGUUGAACUCCCCCCAACCAACCGGGACCGUCGCAGAAAAGGUGCAGCUGCCUACCACAUGGAACUGGCUGGAAAGACUACCAGCAAUCCGCCAAAGGGCGCAUCUGCCUAUAAGGCUACCCGAAGUGAGGGCAAGAAACCCUUCCGGAAGAGUUGUCCCCACUGCCGGGAAGAACACUGGCUCUCUCGAUGCGACAAAUUCAGCGAUCUCACGAUGGAACAGCGCAUGAAGUGGAUUAAGGCUGACAAACGCUGCUGGCAGUGUGCACGCCUGCACAAAAACGGAAAGGAGUGCGACCUACGCAAGCCUUGUCGCCGAUGCGACAAGAUGCACCUGACCGUUCUCCAUGAUCUGAUAGAGCAACCAGGGUAUGGAGUGUACUAUUCCUCCUUCGACCCAAACCUGUCUGUCUUUUACGGGGAUGGAAACCCUUGGCUACCUGACGUCAGCAUGAAGAUUUUGCCAGUCACGCUCUAUGCCAACGGUCGACAGCUGGAGACGUACUGCUUGUUGGACGAUGCUGCCAACUUCUCCUUGAUGCUUAGCGAAGCUUCCGAGGCACUUGGCCUCAAGGGUGAGAGCACCAAGAUGCCAAUUGCAACCGCCAGGGAGGAAUGUACCCCCUGCAAGGGCGUGAUAGUCUCGGUCGAUCUUGCACACAUCCACGACCAAGAUUCACGCAUCACCAUUUCCAAUGUCUUUUCGUCUUCCAUGUUGAGGCUUUCAGAGCAUUCUGUUCCUGCACGAGAUUUGCAAAGGAGGUGGCCGCAUCUGCGGGGUCUUCCACUGCAGGAAGUCAAGGAGGCACGGCCAUUAUUGCUGAUCGGCAGUGAUCGCCCAGAUCUGAUUGUUCCCAUUGAGAGUCAUUUUGGUCCCGAAGGUGCACCAGUGGCUGUGCGCACCAAACUUGCGUGGGCUGUCCAGGGCCCCAUUCUGAAGUCCAGGCGCAAGAAUGAAGUAAACUUCUUGUCUGUACUACCACCCAUGGAAGCCGACAGAGUUCUCCACGAGAAUGUUUGUAAGAUGUGGCAGCACGAUGCGCAGAUGUAUCUUGAUCGAAAACAAGCCACUCGAUCCAAGCAGGACCAGCGAGCAAUUGAUCUCCUUGAGGCAAAAUCUACCUAUGUAAAUGUAGAUGGAAUUGACCGUGUCGCAACCCCCCUCCUGUGGAGACGUGACAACGAGGUACUUACCUGUCCGGCAAGUGCAGUGUCACCUGCUCUGAAACGGAAUGAGCAACGUCUCCAGAGAGAUCCAGCACUCGCUGUUGAGCACUCCAAGAAAAUCCGGGAACUGAAGGAGGCAGGACUCGUCCGCAUGCUCACUGCUGAGGAGAAAGAGAGAAACCCCGAGCGGCAUUGGUAUAUACCCCACCAUGUUGUUCGGCAGAAUGGGAAGACAAGACUGGUUUUCAACUGUGCCUUCCCGUACCGGGGAGAAUCUCUGAACGACCACUUGCUUCCUGGGCCUACCCUGGGUUCACCGCUGGUUGGAGUGCUAGUACGAUUCAGACAGCAUCAAGUAGCUGUGUCCGGUGACAUCAAAGCGAUGUUUCACUGUGUGCGCACUUUAGAGUGCGACCGAUGCAUGCUUCGGUUCCUGUGGAGGGAUUUGGACCCUGAUGCCGAAAUGGAGGAACUCGAGUGGAACGUACUCCCCUUUGGCACCACAUGCAGUCCAUGCUGUGCCACUUUCGCCCUGCAUAAGCAUGUGCAGGACCGGUUUCCAGAUCCAGACAUUGUCAGAAGUGUUAUGAAUUCAUUCUACGUUGACAACUGCCUAGAUGGCAAGUCCAGUGUCCUAGAAGCGAAAGCCCUAGUUGGAAAACUAUGUCAAGCGCUCGGCGCUGGAGGAUUUCCCAUUGUGAAAUGGGCCAGCAACUUUGCAGAAGUGGUCAAAGACCUUCCACAGGAAGCCCGCUCCUGCAGUACUGAGAGAUGGCUGAGUUCAAGUUGUGAUUCACCUGAGGAAGCAGCCUUAGGACCCCACUGGAAUUUCCAGCACGACACACUCCGUUACAAACUCGAACUUCGUGAGUGGCCGGUCCUCACUCGAAGAGCUGUUCUAAGUGAUGUGAUGAGAUGUGCCGGGAAGGACCCCCUUGGUUACCCCAUGCCAUAUAUGGUGAGGGGAAAGAUGCUUGUUCAGGAGCUUUGGAAGAGACCAUGGGGCUUGGAUGAGGAGAUCCCCGACGAGGGCAGGAUGGCUUACGUGCCCAACACAUGA